UAUUUACAGGUCGUUUGGAAAAGACAAAAAAUACAAAAGAAAAAUAUUCCUUUAACGUUUGUUAACGUUUGCGUCGGAGAGUAUAAAAUUAACAAGAAAAAUAAAUCAACUCCGCACAGACAACACGGAAAUAGAGCAUUUAGGAGAUCUGUUUAUUGCUGUGGAUCUCAGAGAGAAAGAGAAAUGAAGAGGAAAAACACAGAGAUGACACUCAAGGUCUCGGAGCAGUUCGACCCGAUCAUCGAGGUGAAGAAGAAGAAUAAAAAGAAGAAGAAAGGUGGAGAUAUAGAUUCGACCGACACUUUUGAUGCGACAGACGAAUGUAAAAACGAAGACCUCGAAGGCAAAGAGGUCUCGGAGCAGUUCGACCCGAUCAUCGAGGUGAAGAAAAAGAAUAAAAAGAAGAAGAAAGGUGGAGAUAUAGAUUCGACCGACACUUUUGAUGCGACAGACGAAUGUAAAAAUGAAGACCUCGAUGGCAAAGAGGAAUCUGAGGGUUGUGAAGCUGUGAGCUGUGCGGUAAAGAAAAAAAAGAAGAAGGUGAAAAAGGAGAAAGACGCAACCGUGGACAUCGCAGAGGCCGCUGAUCUUGCGGAGAGCCGUACGAACGAAGAGCUUAACAAGAAGAAGAAAGAAGCGCACCAAGACAAGCAUCCUGUAAUAACCGAAAGAGUAGAAGAAGAGGAAGGCACGGAGGACGAGGACGAUGAAGAGCUGAGCCCGGAGGAAAGACGAGUGCUAGAGAGGAAGCUGAAGAAGAUUAGGAAAAAGGAGGAGAAGAAGAAGCAGAAGGAAAUUGUAAAGUCUGAGAAGGAGGAGAGCAAAAGCAGCAUCGCACAGACACAGGCUCUGGACUAUCUGACAUGCUGGUCCGAGAAGCGGGACGAGUGGAAGUUCCAGAAGACGAGGCAGGUGUGGCUCCUGCAGCACAUGUACGACAGGGAGAAGGUGCCGGAUGCUCAUUUCUCAGUUCUCUUAUCGUAUCUGGAAGGACUGCGAGGUGUCGCUCGGGACAUCACAGUGCAGAAAGCAGAGGCUUUGGUCCGAUUUGGGGCGGGUCCAGAAGAUGAAGAGGGAGUGGUUACAGAAUCACAGAGGAAGACACAACGAGCAAGAGAUGUAGUUCAGAUUCUUUCUUGAGGAUGCAGGAAAAAUGUAUGUCUCGCCGUCCGUUUUCUUCACGCCGACACGUCCGUGCAAUGACAUGAUGCGUUGAACUGAAUUAGUGGACAGAAAACCCAUCUGUGUGUUUAAGCCUGUAAAUAUGAUGAAAUAAAAAUAUUUGUCCGGUUUUUCAAGA